GAGAGAGAGAGCAAAGUUUCGUUCCGAAAACGAACGCCACGUUUCCAUGAGCGGGAGCUCUCCCUCUCUCAUUGUCAGUCUCCUUUCCCGCUGUACACCGUCCCGUCGAAAUCACAAUUUUUUCUUCAGCCUCGCCGCAAGAGAGGUCGUCGAACGUGCGUCCCUUUUUACUAUAGCUCCGCAGACGGCCGGUGUGUAGCUUUUUCGUGGGGAAAUGGCGGCGCAAUAGCCGCGGCGAUCGUGCUCUUGUUUUGAAAGCGAGCGUUCUUCUGCUGACAAUCGGCGAGCCUGCGAACAAACGCACCAUGGAUAUCUCGAGUAUGCUCGAGGUGCAGGUGAAGGUGGAGACGGACGUUAAGGAGAACGUGACACCAAGGAGGGACCAUCAGGAGUCCAGCACCACCAGCACGGUCGCUGUAUCAUCGCCCAUCUCUCAGGAUGAGAGCAAUUUCUACAAACUUAUGUUUGGCAACGAUAUUGCAUCUGUACGGUUUCGAAGACUUCAUUGUACAGCCUGCGAUGCACAUAUUGGUUCCGCUCCAGCUCAGAUCCAUAACAUGUAUCAACAUCCUGUGAUUCGUACGUUAUUGUGCGCGGAAUGUCGUAAAUUUUAUGGGGAUGGUACCUUUGAACAAGGUGAUGACGCUACAGACAUGUUCUGUAGAUGGUGUGCAAACGGUGGCAACUUAUAUUGUUGCUCAUACUGCAGUAAUACAUUUUGUUACAAAUGUAUAAGAAGGAACUUUACAUCCUUAGUAAGAAAAAAAAUUGAAGCGGAUGAAAAAUGGAAAUGUUUUGUAUGCAAUCCGAGCGAUUUGUACAGUGCUAGGGCUAUAUGCUGGGCUCUACUCGAACAUGUAAAAACAGUGACAAGAAUAUUAAAAAAUGACAAGAAAAUAAGCGCCGAGGAGUUGGACAUAAAAAUGAAUUUGGAUGAAUCACCAUGUUGUCCGCGCAGAAGAAAACGUAAGCGUCGAAGACUGGAAUCCAAUUCCGAGGAGGAGGACGAAACGUAUACGAUUGAAUCCAACGGUUUACCGAUACACACCGUACAGCGUAAACAAAUCAAGAAAAUACCGAAAAUUAAUGUGAACGGCAAAGUCAGAUCGAUCGUUGUGCAGCAAAAGCAAUCUAUACCGAUUCCGAUCAGACCGCGUCCGUCUUCGUUCUUGACCGGUCCGUCGCAAUCUACAAAGGGCGAUAGCUCGACUGUCGAUUCCGAGGGCAUCAUCCUUCCGUCAUCUAGCAUGAUAAAUUCGAAUGCUUCGGUAUCAUCGAGAUACGAUUCUAAUGUACUACAGCAGCAGCCAUCUUUGUAUCGUACAACUUUUAUGAACAGCGCGGGAUCUAAUACUUACAUACGAGCGGUGAAACCCGCUACAAUAAACUCUGCGGCUCGAAACCGGCUAAUUCUUCCAGCACAAACAUCUCUGCCAUCGUCAAUACAGUCGUCAACCUCGUAUCAGUCACCGCAGCCGUCAAUACAGUCAUCAACCUCGUAUCAGACGCCGCAGCCACCGUCAAAGAAGUCGUCAACCUCGUAUCAGUCGUCACAGUCGGUUCCAGCUCCCAAAAACGCAAUGGUAUCCAUACCCAAUCCGACAGACAAGCGUGGCAGAUCGCUUUUCCUUCUUCCGAAAUCGAGAAAGAUGGAUCUAACGUUGACUCCCAAUAUAAUUGAUCUCGACAGCGAUUCCGACGACGAGCCGAAGGUUGUUGAAGAGCAAAAUAAUACAAUAGUCAAUGGAUGCGAUGACAUGGAUGUAGAUAUUUGCUGCGACAAGGUGGUACCUGUUGCUCUUACUUGGGAAAACAACAGCGACGAUGAUGGCAUAAGGGAGGAGCAGCCUUUGCGAGAGAUGUCCACGACUUUGACGAGGAAUCCUACUACCUUCAAGAAAACCAUGUUACCACAUAGUCAAGAACUCGAUAAACUGUUAAGUGACUUGAAGAUAGGAAUGAAUUAUUUCUUCGAUAUAAACCCGAUCGCUCCAGACGUUGAAUUGGCGGCGCAACAGAAAAUUAAGCAGUUCUGUUGGAAAAUGCGCGAAGCAGUCCUUCAAUUGGCAAAUAUCAAUGAUAGGAUAGUGCGUGAAUACUAUGCAUGGAGGACAUCUCGGAAGGAGACGGAAACGGAAACUCCGUCUUCGAUCGAGGAAAACGUUGCGUCCCGACAAAACAUAGAAAUUCCUUUAGAUAUGAUUUGUAUUAACGAAUCUGACACUGAAUCCGAUUGUGAAGGUUUGGGUCGAAUUAAGAGACCAUCUGAACUUGUUAAGAGUGGCAAUAUUGUUGAAAACUUGUUAUUUCCUAAAAAAGCCGUUGUACAUCGUGGUACUGGUGAUGAUAAGGUGCAUUUGUAUGUGGAUAAAAUGACUCAAGUGUGCAACAUCUUGAGAGAUUAUGAGAAAUGUAUUUCUUAUUCUAUGGUGACAAAAUCUAAUAAUGAUUCACAAACUGACACUAGUGUCUUGAAACAAACGUCGACACCAGACAAGAAUUUCGGCAAAUAUGAAGAGCAGUUCAUUUAUUUUUUGCAGCACAUCGAAGAUCAUGGCAUUCAGACAGAGGAUGCAAAUAAUUUGGCAGAUUUGACUGAACUACCGCUUCAAGAAUUGAUAGAAACUAAUUCAUCGAUUAAUUCGCAUUUAUUUGAAAAUAUUGAUUCUCCUAAUAUUAUAUCUGAUGAAUCGAAAAUUUGUGAACAAGAAAGAAGUAAGAAAAGUGAUUCGAGUGGUCAUGUUAAUACAGUAAUAAUGAAUGACAUAAUAACUGAGGCAUUGAAAAGCGCAUUUGAUAAUGAUAAUCCGGAAAUGAUUAAUGACUCAGAUUCUGAUAUUAGAAUACAAGAGAUAAACGAGAUCAGAAUACAAGGAACGGUAGUACUUGAUGAGAAAUUACAACAAACUCAUGAUACAGUGGACAAAGAAACGAUAAUAUCAAAUGAUGAAGACACAAAAUCAAGUAUAAAUGACAGUAAUAUAGUAAAUAUGGAAAAUACAGAAGUAUCUGUUUCGAAAGGAAAUGAAGAAGAUUGUACUAUUAUCGAUGAUUAAUGAGAAGUAUUGUUUAUCAACAUGCAGUUUUUGUAUCAAACUCUAGUUGCAAUUAAGUUGCAAUUUAUAAAAAUGUGUUUUUCCAUUUCUAUUUUUUUCAUCUUCCAAACAAGUUUUGAUGUGUCAGAAAUAUUUUAAGUUGUAUAAAAGUUGUAUAAUAUUAUAUUCUUAAAUUGUAAAGAAAUACCUGACGGCCGUAGAAAUAACGUCAAAUAAAGAGCUUAUUUCCAAAAGAGACUAAGAUUAUUUUACAUUUUUUUAGGAUAUAUUUUUCUCAACAUUUGGCAUAUACUUUAGGAAAUGAGCUCUCUAUAAAACUAUAUCUACUAAUAAACUAUCAAUACACAAUACGAUUUUUCUUGGAGUUUUAAUCGCUUAUUUUAUGAUCAUUAUUUUACUUUUACAAAUUUUUGCAGAAAAUAGUAAUAAUAAACUUUAUGAUCAAGCAGUUUUCAUUAUACAAAACAAAAAAAGAUACAUUUACUUAUAAUUUAAUAUAUUUUAUUUUGAAAGAAAAAAUUCUAACUUUAAGGUAUUGAACUUUUAGUGAAAGAAUUGAAGUAUUGUAGAAAUUAAAUAUAACUAUAUGUUUUUUGCAUAUAAUAUAUAUUCCAAAAAGAAAAGUAAUUUAAUCUUAAUGAAAUCUUAAAUUAGAUACACAGCGCCUUUUUUAUCCAGAAGACUGCUUGAAAAUUCGUUUCGUGUAUUAACUGUUGCGAUGGUAAUAAUUAAUAAGUAUAGAUAUAUUUUCUUAUUACACGAGUCCAAUGAUGAAUUUUUUAGUUUACAUAUGAAUUUUGUAUCGUAAAAGAUAUUCGAUAUAUAGAAGAGGAUUUAUUUUUAGUUUAUUCUCUCUGCAAGUAGCACAAAGUCUGAAGUAAUACAUAAAAUAUAACUAUAUUUAUUGGAAAGAAAAAAAUAUUUGUAAUAAUGAAAUCAAACAAAUAUUGUUUGAUUUCAUUAUUAAAACAGCAAAAAUAGAAUGCAUUUUACUUUACAUAUUAUUGAAAUAUGUUAGUUGCGUUAUAGUAUGAUUUUAUGCAAUCUGCAUAAGUUUGUACAUAAGAAUCUGUCACUCUGUAUAAAGAAACAUACAAAUAAGAUGUUACGCUUUUGAUUAUUAUAUUAUUGCGUGAUGUAUGUACACAGCAAAUCGUUGAACGAUGCAUCUAUACGCGUACAUAUGCUAUGUAAUGAAUACGAAUAUAUAUGUAUUAUAUUUAUUCGUAGAUCUAUUCAUACUUCCAUGUAUUUGUGAGCCAUACGUACGUGUAUGUACACAAAUUUUCAAAGAUCAAGUGUAUGAAACAAAUAAAUUGUUUUAUAUAAUACACAUGUUAGAAAUUACUUUAGAUUUAAUAUAGUUAAUGCAACAUAAGUGAAUGAGAGACAGAGAGAGAGAGACCGGCGCGCAUAAUAAAUUGCAGAACAUGUUUUCUUUCGGCUGUAAACAUUUCAAUAAACAGCAUUAAGUUCUGUUUAGCUCUAAUCUGAAUAGAUUCAAUAUAAAUAAUCAGUGCGGGAUUGUAAUUGUUCCUAAAAUAACAAUUACAACAAUAAGUUUUCUCUCUGUAUUUUUUAUUUCAUUUUUCAUUUGUAUACAUAUAUAUCAACUCACAGAAACAUAACAUUGGUCAAGUAAACGUUUUAUUUUUUAGUAUAUUGAUAUCUAUUCGAUUUAUGUUAUAUGUAAAGAUGCAUGUAAGUCUCACUAUAAUAGUUUUUCAUCAUAGAAAGUUCUCCGUCUGUUCGCAUCUUAACAGUUUUAUGAACGUAGUGAUUGUAUACAAAAAAUGAAUUUACAGUAUAAAAAAUUAAAGAAGUAUUAUAUAGUUA